ACGAAUUGGAAAAGCUCUGGAUGAUAACGUGAUGUUUGCCACGAGAGAAUUUUCACUCUUUUUAAUAUGCUUUAUCCAAUUUUCUUCUAACCAGGACAUACUUUUGGUUGAUAAAUGCAUAAAAAAUUGUCUCAUAAGCAACGAAAACGCGUUCAGAACAAUAAUGCCAACGACUUUGAAGCAAAAAGUUUUCAAUGGAAAUAAUUGUCCUAUUUAUGAGCAAGGAGCUAAUAAAAAUUGCUCCAAUUUAGCAUCAAAGAAAAAUGUCUUUUCAUUAUCUGGUUUGAAUGUAAUUUUCGUGGAAUUGGAGACUAGUUGGUUUGGCGCACAAAAGUAUUGCCACUCACGAGGAUGGACAUUCGGCGCCAUAGCAAACGCAUCCGUCGAAAAAGAGGUGCAAAACGUCAUGAUGGGAAAACCGUCAGCCGCUGACGUAUUGCUUUGGAGCGGAGUAAACAGUCUGCCUUUUAAAGGAACUGCGUUUGCUCUAAUCGAAACCGGCCAAACGUUUGGUGACGUAAAACCAGAAAAAGACAAACCUUGCCUUAUUUACUCCGGGUCAGUUUUGUAG